UUCUAUUUCUAAAAAUCCACCUCUCCAGAAACAAGUCUCUCACUGUUGCCGCUUGCUAUAGACCACCCUCUGCCCCCAGCUGUGCCCUGGACACCAUAUGUGAAUUUGAUUGCGCCCCAUAGAUCUUCAGAGCUCAUGCUGCUAGGUGACCUAACCUGGGACAUGCUUAACACCCCGACCAUCCUACAAUCUAAGCUUGAUGCCCUCAAUGUCACACAAAUUAUCAAUGAACUUACCAGGUACAACCCCAAAUCUGUAAACUUGGGCACCCUCAUAGAUAUUAUCCUAACCAACUUGCACUCUAAAUACACCACUGGUGUCUUCAACCAGGAUCUCAGCGAUCACUGCCUCAUUGCCUGCAUUCGUAAUGGGUCUGCGGUCAAACCACUACCCCUCAUCACUGUCAAACGCUCCCUAAAACACUUCAGUGAGCAGGCCUUUCUAAAUGACCUGGCCCGAGUAUCCUGGAAGGAUAUUGACCUCAUCCCAUCAGUAGUGGCUGCCUGGGUAUUCUUUAAAAGUGCCUUCCUCACCGUCUUAAAUAAGCAUGCCCCAUUCAAAAAUGUAGAACCAGGAAUAGAUAUAGCCCUUGGUUCUCAGUUCUCUGGUCACCAUAGCAUUUCCCACCCGCAACAUGCACACCAGCAGGUAUAUUUCACUGGUCACCCCCAAAGCCAAUUCCUCCUUUGGCCGCCUUUCCUUCCAGUUCUCUGCUGCCAACGACUGGAACGAACUGCAAAAAUCGCUGAAGCUGGAGACUCUUAUCUCCCUCACGAACAUCAAGCAUCAGCUGUCAGAGCAGCUCACAGAUCAUUGGACCUGUACAUAGCCCAUCCAACUACCUCAUCCCCAUACGGUAUUUAUUUAUUUUUUCUCCUUUGCACCCCAGUAUCUUUACUUGCACAUUCAUCUUCUGCACAUCUAUCACUCCAGUGUUUAAUUGCUAUAUCGUAUUUACCUCGCCACUAUGGCCUAUUUCAUUGUCUUACCUCCCGUAUUUUACCUCAUUUGCACACACUGUAUAUAUACUUUUUUCCUACUGUAUUAUUGAUGGUAUGUUUGUUUAUUCCAUGUGUAAGUCUGUGUUGUUUGUGUUGCACUGCUUUGCUUUAUCUUGGCCAGUUCGCAGUUGUAAAUGAGAACUUGUUCUCAACUAGCCUACUUGGUUAAAUCAAGGUGAAUUAAAAAAAAAAUAAUAAUAAUAAAACAUGACCCCACAAAUGUUGUUAUAAAGCAAUACCCAAUAUCACUGUGUGGUUGGUAUAUCCGCUGGCCCAGUGAGGAGGCGGCAUGGCCUACCAACAAGAGAGGAAAAGGAGCUGUCGGAAGCUGAGUCUGACCACCCAGGCCCCGAGGCACCUCCUCCCUAGCCCCUCCCCAGUGGAUAUGAUUACUGACAGGCUGGGAGAGCAGGGAGACACAGAGCCACCUAAUGACGAUCCGCCUCUUAUAGCUGAGGAGAAACACUGGACUCUGGCACAAUCCCCAUCCAAGGAGAGCUCUGAAUCUAUGUUCUCUUUCGGCACUGCCUCCUCUCUGCUCCCGCUGAGAUGGGGCAUCCCUUAUGUGUAUGGAAGCACAGUGAUGCUGCAGCAGAUCUCCUCCCUGGAGGAUGGAGUCACAGCAGGCAGGAUGACAGCACAUCCCUCCCAGCAGACAUACUCCACCCAGGCUGCCCUGACCUGCCUCUGACACUAGAGGGCGCCACAGACCCUGUCUCCUUCAACAGCCUGAGUAAAGACACCAGGAAUGUUUAUUUUUUUUCACCUUUAUUUAACCAGUUAGGCUAGUUGAGAACAAGGUCUCAUUUGCAACUGCGACCUGGCCAAGAUAAAGCAUAGCAAUUCAACACAUACAAAAACACAGAGUUACACAUGGAAUAAACAAAACAGAGGCAAUAAUACAGCAGAACAAAAGAAAACAAAAAGUCUAUGUACAGUGAGUGCAAAUGAGGUAAGAUAAGGGAGUUAAGGCAAUAAAUUGGCCAUGGUGGCGAAGUAAUUACAAUAUAGAAAUUAAACAUUGGAAUGGCAGAUGUGCAGAAGAUGAAUGUGCAAGUAGAGAUGCUGGGGUGCAAAGGAGCAAGAUAAAUACUGUAUGGGGAUGAGGUAGGUAGAUAGAUGGGCUGUUUACAGAUGGGCUAUAUACAGGUGCAGUGAUCUGUGAGCUGCUCUGACAGCUGGUGCUUAAAGCUAGUGAGGGAGAUAUAAGUCUCCAGCUUCAGAGAUUUUUGUAGUUCGUUCCAGUCAUUGGCAACAGAGAACUGGAAGGAAAGACAACCAAAGGAGGAAUUGGCUUUGGGGGUGACCAGUGAGAUAUACCUGCUGGAGCGCAUGCUACGAGUGGGUGCUGCUAUGGUGACCAGUGAGCUGAGAUAAGGCGGGGCUUUACCUAGCAGAGACUUGUAGAUAACCUGUAGCCAGUGGGUUUGGCGACGAGUAUGAAGCGAUGGCCAACCAACGAGAGCGUACAGGUCGCAAUGGUGGGUUGUGUAUGGGGCUUUGGUGACAAAACGGAUGGCACUGUGAUAGACUGCAUUUGUUGAGUAGAGUGUUGGAGGCUAUUUUAUAGAUGACAUCGCCGAAGUCGAGGAUCGGUAGGAUGGUCAGUUUUACGAGGGUAUGUUUGGCAGCAUGAGUGAAGGAUGCUUUUUUGCAAUAUAGGAAGCCAAUUCUAGAUUUAAUUUUGGAUUAGAGAUGCUUAAUGUGAGUCUGGAAGGAGAGUUUACAGUCUAACCAGACACCUAGGUAUUUGUAGUUAUCCACGUAUUCUAAGUCAGAGCCAUCCAGAGUAGUGAUGCUGGAUGGGCGAGCAGGUGCGGGUAGUGAUCGGUUGAAUAGCAUGUAUUUACUUGCGUUUAAGAGCAGUUGGAGGCCACGGAAGGAGAGUUGUAAUGGCAUUCUCCACUGAGUGUGAGUUCAGAUGCACUGACUGGAGCUGUAUGAUACUCAAGAUUUAAGUUGUCAGCUCUUUUUGAAAUACAGUUCUUGAAUAUUACCCCAACAUAACAUUUUCCGGUUUUCUGAGUUCUUGAAAGUGUGUAUUUUUUGUUUAUUUUGUAAUGUUUCCAUUGGGGGGAGUAGAGGAGAUCAUGACCUGUGAUACCAGGAGACAACCUCGUAAUUGUGGAAGAGGAGGCAGUUCCCCCUGUAGAUGUAACAUUAGACAGAAGGUGACCCCUUUCAAACCUUACAUUUACACAAUGGCUAUGUUUACUUUAUAAUUUCAACAGACUGAUUAGUCCAAUGUUGCACUAUUUUCUGUGGCCAGCAUUGUGUUAUAAAGUACAAUAAGAUAAGGACGUGUUCUUUAUGUGAUCAUUUGUUUGUCAGACAUAGUCUGCGCAGACUAAACCUCCAUCCUCAGUUGUAUAGUAAUGAGGACAACCAAUCAGUGCCCUCUGUUUCUGCGAUCCAAGUGGAGAGUCACAACUCCCUGACACCUGACUAUGGUGUGUUUCAAAUGUUACUACACUCUCAGUGUUGUGGCUGUGUUUUCACUAUAUCUGCUGUAUGACUUAACUGAGAGAUAUUUAAAUAGUUGGCCCUUUAACUAAAUUACUUUUGUUCAUGAUAAUCCAGAUUACAUUGACUACUACAAGGAAGUGACUGAGGAAAUCAUUCAUGUGACUGACGUGUGGAGCGUCAUACCUGGAGGGGACAAAUCAGAGAACCUCCUCCCCCAGACCUCCCUCUUCGCUGGGGCUGCUGUUGCUUCAUCUCUCUGCUCCUUGGAGCUGGAGCCCUUACAGGUGACAGACUUCUACUGUCCAAUUACAUAAAUACUGUACAUACUAUGCAGACCACCUACAGUAUUGGCCAGCUGGGUUUCUGUGUUUGUUCAGAGGGUGUCUGACCCUCCAUAGCUUGAGGAAGCAAUAGAAUGUUUCUGCCAGGACUCCCAGGAUGCAGUGGACCAACCAGAGAUCCUGACAUCCUGUGCCCUCACUGAGACCACCCAGGACCUGCUCUCUGAGCUCCACCAGACCUUUUGUUCUCUGGAGGAGCUGGGAAGUGCAGGGCCCAGUGGCCCAAGUACAGAUAGAGGCUCUACCCUGGAGGGGGAACUGGACAGUGGGGGCUCUGGGAGGAAUAUCCGGCCCUUCUCUCUCCAGGACUCCUCUCUGCUCAUCCCCCGUCGGAGGUCCGUACGCUCCAGACAGCUACAGGUCCCUGGAGUCCCUCUGUCCCGCAGGAACAACUCCAGCCGCAAUCCCCCAGCCCAGCACCUCCUCAGCCCCAGAGACAGGUUACCUGGAGGGGAGAAGGCCUUGCACAAGGAGGAGGCAGCAUGCUUCAGAUGCACCGCAGAGGAUAGGCUGGGUCACUGUAAGCUGGGCAGCUGGUGGAAACAAGCCCUGGAGACCCAAAGGGCAUUCUCUGGCCUACUACCUGCCAUAGAGCAGGUAUCCACCAUCUCAAAGGUUAGUGUGUUUUUUUACUGUAUGUUUAUAUGCAAAUCAAUAAUUUUGUGUGCUUCAUAGUGACACAUUCUGCAGACUCCACAUAUGCACUAUUUUAUCUUACAUUUAUCUUAUGAUUAAAUUAAAAUAGACGAGCUUGUUAUUUAUAUCCAUCUUAAAUUUAGAAAAGCUAUUUAGUGUCACAGUUACCAAAGGUCUAAUAAUGAAUACAUUUUGCACAGAUUUGCCGAUUUUAUAAAAAAUGUAAUUGUUUAUUGAUAUACAUGCAGAUGGUGUUUUUUUUGUGUAUGAGUUCGUAUUGAAGAAUAAAUGCCUCUUGUAACAUCUUCCUUUGUCAUUGUGAUGGGGAACAUUAAGAGAGUUGCUCUUUGGAACAUUAGAUUGAUGGAGCAUUAGAAACAGCAGCAGCCCUGGAAAGAAACUAGUGUUGUUUCUCACGUCUGGCUGGAGACUGUACAGUGAAUGCCUCUCUUCAGAGUAAAUGUGUAUGUGUGUACAUGCAUGUGUGUGUGUGCACGUGAGUGCAUGUAAUGCGUGCUUGUUUGUGUGUGUGUGUAAGUGUGUGUGUGUGGCCAUUGCUGGCCUGUUGCUGUCACUCAGUGGGGAGUCUGUGCCCGGAGUGGGACUCAAGUGCAUGUACUGGUGGGCAGGGGGUCUCCACUGCUGGGAGAGGGGUGAUGAAGGAUGAAGUGCAGAGAGGAGGUGGUGUACUGUAAUGUCAGACCAGGACUCUCUCAACCUUGUCAUAGUUACUCAUCCGUGACCCCCACCCCUUGCUCUCCCUGGUAGGGGCCACUGGUGUUACCCAGAGCAGAUGGAGCUCUGCUGGGCCUUGCUGAUCACCGCUGGGCCUGGGGCAGUGAAGGCUGCUGAGGGGAGGACGGCUCAUAAUAAUGGCCGGAACAGAGCAAAGGGAAUGGCAUAAAUGCAUGGAAAACAUGUGUUUGAUGUAUUUGAUACCAUUCCACUCCAGCCAUUACCCAUUAGGGCGGAAGGUAGCCUAGUGGUUAGCACGUUGGCCCAGUAGCCAAAAGGUUGCUCGCUGACAAGAUAAAAAUCUGUCGUUCUGCCCCUGAACAAGGCAGCUAACCCACUGUUCCUAGGCCGUCAUUGUAAAUAAUAAUUUGUUCUUAACUGACUUGACUAGUUAAAUAAAGGUUAAAUAAAAAAUAAAUACAAAUGAAUGUGCACCUCCUGUGGUCUGGGGGAACCAUGGCCCCACUCACCAUACUGAUACCCUGCCACAUCACUGGGACCUGGGCUUAAGAGACCAACACACAGCAGGGGCCAAAUGUGGCAUUUAAUCAAAGCUCAGUUUGUAAAAAAAAAAAAAAAAAACAACAGAUUGUUUCACAGGUCCAUUAUUUACCUCUUGUAUCUCAUGGAAUGACUUUUAUUCAUCCACAGAAAAGAGGGUCUCUCUCGUUCCUGGGCGACCCUAUUCCAACAGUCUGGUAAGCAUCCAGGAGUCUCCAUCCAAGCAGAGAGGAGACAAGCAGGAGGUCAAAUAUGUAUGUAGAGGUCAUCUCUAUGUGGUCACUGGGCUUACAUGGAGGGUGUCAGUAUGGAGGGAAAUAUGCUCCGGUUGGCCAAUGGAGGGCGUUGUUGUCCAAGCUUGGAGGUUUUUAUUUUGUCUCUGAUUUGAAUAAUCUCACACCUACCCCCCCACGAGCCCAUCCCAGCAUGUAACCAUUCCCCUUUCUCCUCUCUUGCCCCUGUCACAACCAACUCAUAUAUCCUCAUACAGAAUCAGUAGUGUCAUCUAAAGAUGGUGGAAUUAUAUUUUGGCUUACAUUUUUUAAAGAUGUUAUAUUUAAUUGGUAAUGAAUAGAGCUAAUGAACUUAUCUUACGUGAUUUAAAUACUGAAGUCAACCUCACCACUUUGAUGGUGCAGGUACUACAUUUACUUUGUGUUACUCUGACAAAAGUUGCAGACUGCUUUCUUGGCUCUGUCUAAUCUCUUUGUCUAAUGCAUUGAGGGAGCUCACAGUUGAUGCGUUUGACCCCAUGACAUCAUGAUGUCAGCAGUGGAUGUACAGCAUGUGUACUGUAAUGUUGCUACACUGAUAAAAUUAGACAGUUGUUCAACUGAGAUUGAAUUAGGUACAUGUUUAAUUGGGAUGUAAUGAUCUUACUGUUUGGUGGGAGUCAUAUGAACCAUGUGGAGCCUGGCAGGAUACAUGUUUUUACAUAAAUGUAAUUCAUGAUAACAUAGACAAUGAACCUUUGGAAUAUUGACUGGUGAAUGGACUGUCUGUGUGAAUUGGUUGAUUGCUGAUAUUGUACAAUUCAAAAUUAGUACCCAUCAUAAAAGGGCAGGUAACCUAGUGGUUAGAGCUUUGGGCCAGUAACCAAAAGGUUGCUGGAUCGAAUCCCGAGCUGACAAGGUAAACAUCUGUCGUUUUGUCCCUGAACAAGGCAAUUAACCUGCUGUUCCCCGGGAGACCGUCUUUGUAAAUAAGAAUUUGUUCUUAACUGACUUGCCUAGCUAGUUAAAUAAAGGUAAAAACACAAAAACAAUCGGACUUCUAAUACGUUACCAAAAAAACUGCUUAGAUUGAUAUUAUAAAGAUAUUAUCACCUGGAUGUUUUAUUCCAUGUUGAACUCAAUGUUCCCUCUUUGUAUGGCCACAAAUCUGUAUUCCAGUCUGGUGUGGUGAGUUGAUCAUCUAUCUAGGCCCUGUCUCCACCUGUGGUAGACAGAGAGAACAAAAGUGUUUGAGGUUUGAUAAAUUGUCAGAUUGGGAGAUAUUGAUGACUAAUGUGAAAAUAUAAAUGUGUCCACACAAGUCAUACUAAGUAGCAUAUUAUCGAACCAUCUUCCAUUAAAACAGCAGCAGCUAUGGAUAAUCGGAGUGCACGAUGACCAUAAACAUGUGGUCGUUAAUGCAAAACAUACAUUCGGAAUAUUAAUGCCCUUUAUAACAUCAUGAUCAGAUUGGUUAUGCUGAAACGAGGUUGGGAUGUUCAUGAAUGGGAUGCUCAUCAACAAAUGAGUAA